GAAAACAAUUCCUAUAUAACCACUUUUUUAUUUACUGCAUAUGGAGACUUGGGUUAUAUGAGAAAUAUUUACUUUACUAUCACUAUUAUGGUGUACCUUAUAAUACAUUUGGUAAAUGCAAUUAUCAUUUUAGUUAUUGUCUGUGACAAAAACCUUCAUGAACCCAUGUACAUAUUUAUUUGUAGCUUAGCUGUUAAUGGCAUUUAUGGUAGCAAUGCUUUUUAUAUAAAAUUUAUGGAGAAUAUUUUAUCAGCCAAUCCAUCAAUUACAAGAACUGGGUGUUUUCUUCAGAUUUAUGCCAUUCAUACUUAUGGAGCUUUUGAAUUUAUGAUUCUGGCACUAAUGGCAUAUGACAGAUAUGUUUCUAUCUGUAAUCCUCUCCUGUAUAAUAAUAUAAUGACUCCAUCAAAAGUGACCAGUUUAUUAUGUUUUGCAUACCUUUACCCCAUUUGCAUUUUUACUAUACAUAUUUCUUUAACAGUUCGCCUUCCAUUGUGUGGAUAUCUGAUAGAUAAAGUAUACUGCGAUAACUGGUCUGUUGUCAAGUUAUCUUGUGUGGACAUAUCCAUUAAUAAUGCUUUCGGCUUUUUUCUUGCAGCAGUUCUGAUGGUGUCACCACAGAUGCUUACUCUGUAUUCAUAUGUUAGAAUAAUUUCUGUAAGUAGUAAAGCUUCAAAGGAAGCACGCAGUAAAGCAGCAAAAACCUGUUUACCCCAUUUGAUAACAUUUAUAAACUAUAGUAUAGCUACAUUUUUUGAAAUCCUACAUCAGCGAUUUGAUGCUAAUGCCCUCCCUCAUGAUGUGAGAGUUUUUAUGUCAAUAGACUUUUUAUUAUUGCCUCCUCUUUUGAAUCCAGUUAUUUAUGGGAUUAAAACAAAAAAGAUAAGGAAAAGUGCCAUAAAAAUGUUUAGUUCUCUAGGAACUGCUGGGAUACACAACAAUUUUUAA